AUGAUGUCUAAGAGGCGUCAGACACUUGGUAUCCAAAUCGUGGGUGCAUUGACUGCGCUUAUGAUUGUAGCGUACUUUUUCCUACCAGCAGGUGUCAGCAAUACACCAUCAGUCGCCAACCGUGGUGGACGACCUAUCACCAAUUUGAAUGAGCUUUCAAUCGAUGAUUUUCAACGACGACCUAUGCAAGAACAAGCUGUACAAGCGCCAAAUCCAAAUCGCGUCAAGGCAGCAUUCGUUAUACUAGCACGUAAUGGUGAUUUGACAGGUGUGCGAUAUGCCAUGCGUCAAGUAGAGGAUCGUUUCAACCACAAGUUCAAUUAUCCAUACGUGUUUUUGAACGAGCAGGACUUUACAACCGAAUUCAAGACAUUGACAAAGUCGCUUACCAAAGGUGACACUUAUUAUGGCAAGAUUGAUCCAUCCAUGUGGGGCUAUCCAUCGUAUAUCAAUGAAACCUAUGCUGCUGAAUGCCGUCAGGAUAUGGCUGACCGUAACAUCAUUUAUGGUGGCAGCGAAUCGUACCGUCACAUGUGCCGCUUCCAAUCUGGUUUCUUUUUCCGCCACCCUUUGCUGGAUGACUUUGAGUACUAUUGGCGUGUUGAACCAGAUGUACAAUACUUUUGUGAUAUUGAUUACGACGUCUUUCAAAUGAUGAAGGACAACGACUACAAAUACGGUUGGACCCUUUCAUUGACUGAGUACCCGGAGACCAUUCCAACUCUAUGGGAAACAACCCAAGAAUUCAUAAGAAAGCAUCCAGACUACAUCAUCAGAGGGGCCGGUAGCUUACUUCCAUGGGUCACAGAUGAUGGAUUCCUCACAUACAACGGCUGCCAUUUUUGGUCAAAUUUCGAGAUCGGUUCGCUUGAUUUCCUAAGAAGCAAGAGAUACAUGGAUUACUUUGAGUAUCUUGAUAGAGCUGGUGGUUUCUUCUAUGAAAGAUGGGGUGAUGCGCCGGUACAUUCACUGGCUGUCGCUAUGUUUUUGAGAAAGGAGGAAGUUCAUUUCUUCAAUGAUAUCGGCUACAAGCAUAAUCCUCUCAUGCAUUGCCCUACCGAAUCUUAUUUGCAAAGCAAGUGCCACUGCAAUGCCAACGAGAACUUUGAUUGGGAUGGAUGGAGCUGUGCAACUCGUUAUAGGCAACGUCUCGAUCCUUCAUUCGUAUGGAAUGAAUUCACGUACUACAACAAGACCGCUCCAUAUCGAAUUUCAGCUUAA